CGAAGCUGUCCGCCGCCAUUUUGCUUGUGGGCUGCCACCCGCCGUUCUCGCUCCACCGCGGCUAGAAGACAGCCAACUGGAGGCAGAGCGGUGGACAGAAUCUCCGUCUAUUUCACAACAGAUGCAUUCAACAAUUCACCGAAGUCUGGCCUCCAGCGCGGGAUGAACUCGGUUGGGGUGUCAUUCGACGCCCACUAGGAGCUGAGGCGGUUCCAGUGCGCAGGCUCCGAGCACCGGAUAAAAGCGGAGCUGGCGAGUCCAGCGCCGUCUCGAUGGAGGAGCGAGAAACGGAAGAGGUCGGGGGGAGAAGCAGCAGGAAAAAUACAGCCACCGUCAGCGCCGCCUCCCUGCCACCGUGUAUCGGGCUCCACAGCCUCCCGGAGCGCUUGGUAAGCGGAGUCGGGAGAGGCAGAGGCGGUCCGUGCAGCCAAUCAGUGCCCGAGGUGUUCUGUCGGGCGUGUCGUGAUUGGCUAGCGGUGACCUCAUGCUGCAGCAGCGGGUGGGGCCCGAGCCGUCGGGGGAGGCUGUUGCGGAGAGAGAGCAGUGACGAUGGUGAUCUUUGCUGUCGCGGCCGAUAUGGAACCCAAGCGGUGGCGAAGGGAAUCUCAAGGCUUUUCCUUGACUAUUUUCUCCUGUCCCUGCGCGAGGCAUCAAAGAGGCAUUGUGUACCGGAAGUCUUUAAGCUACUUGGGAGAAAAGAGAUCCAGUUGCUGCUCCUUUUGCUUCGACCCACAUUACUGCUUUCAGUUCCCUAAACUUACCUUGCUCUCUCAGACCUCCUCUCUUUCUGUUAUUACCUUUUUAUGGAAUCCCCCUACUCUCCCCUUUGUGAAUGCAUCCUUCAGUUCAAAUGCUUUUCCUCUUUGAAACUUUCUCUGGUGCUCUUCCAAGAAGUCUAUUGUUAUUUAUAAUUCCAUGUACCUUUUACUCAGUUCUGUUAUGGCAGUUUGUUGUAUUGGGUUGGCCCAGAAGUUUGUUUGGGUUUUUCCAUAACAUCUUACGAAAAACCUGAAUGAACUUUUGGGCCAACCCAAAUUAUUUAGAAUCUCCUCAUCCUCCUAGAAUGUGAGCCCCUGAAGGGCAGUGUUUACCUUGCAUUAUCUCUCAGAUAAAUGCGUACAGCUUUGCAUUAAUUCCCAGGACAUAUAGUAAGUGCUCAAAUAAAUGUUUUAAUUAAUUCGGUCUCUUCUCGUUUGGGGGUGAGUAUGAGUCUGCAAAAUAGUAAAAGCUCUUGAACUUUGAUUGUGAAGAGAAGGAAAGAGGGUUCGAGAUGUAUUUUUGUAGUUAAAAGUUAGGAAACCUAAAAUUGGUAUUGAUUUUUGCCCAAGAGCAAAGCCACUAUUCUAGAGGGGGAAAAAAAAGAAAAUAAUUGAACAUCAAUUUGAAAGACUAACAAUCCCUAGUGAAGCAUAUCCUAGUACUUUUCUCUGUCCAUUGCAGAUAAAAGCCUCCUCUCAAAAAGAAGUGUUAAAUUGUGUUGAGAAAAUUGAAAAUUCCUAUCCAUCCUCUGGUGUUUGGUUAUAAAUUCUUAUUUUUCAGGUUUAAUCUGCCUUUCCAAAGCACUUUAACUUAAUUACCUUAGAGAAGAGAACCUCCCCACUGCUAACUUUUCUAAACAGUUCAGCAACCCUAUUAACAGGAUGGAUGGAAGUUCAGGGCUAGAUUCUGGUAGCUCAUUCAGAAUAGCUAUGGUCCCACAAAUAUCGAUGGAGAUCAUAGGUGCUUACCAAUAUGCAGCAACAAGCCUAGGGACUAACAUCCCAAAAUGGCAUGGUAAAAACACAUGUUUAUCUCUGCACAGAAAGAUACUUAGUCUAAAUUCUUAAUAGUUUACAAUCAACAGAUGAUGCUGAUACCCAUUUUUAUAAAGCUGAAUCCAUUAAUAUACUAACCAAUCCCUUCCACAACACAAGCAAUUUUAUAUUCUUCAGGCAGGUUUGGCACUAAGUUAAAAAUCACUCCUAAGAUUUGUAACAUAAAAUAAGUUGAUAUGUUCUGUUACACAGACACCAACAAAUUUCUUUUCCAAAGUGUUAGUUGAAAGUACUACAUAAAGAACUGGUAGGAAUAUCAUCACACAUUUAAUUAUCAAUGCAGAACUUAGUUGGUCUUGCAUUUCUAACAACUUAAUUGAUUUUUCAUUGAAGGCAAAUUCUUAACGCCCAGGGUUAUAGUCGUGGCUACAAAGCCUUUAAAAAAAAAAAAAAAUCCACUUUUAAAAAUUAGUUUCCCCGGCUUCCCUGGUGGCGCAGUGGUUGGGAGUCCGCCUGCCGAUGCAGGGGACACGGGUUCGUGCCCUGGUCUGGCAGGAUCCCACAUGCCGCGGAGCGGCUGGGCCCGUGAGCCAUGGCCGCUGAGCCUGCGCGUCCGGAGCCUGUGCUCCGCAACGGGAGAGGCCACAACAGUGAGAGGCCCACA